AGGAAGGAACAUGAUACCACGAUGAACAAAACCCUUUUGUUGUAAGUAUUUAGUCCAGUUUUAGACUCUUUCACUAGUACUGUGUUGUCUUUGUCUUUGCGUCCGUGAAGUGCAUGCUUUCUCUGCGCCCACCCGAGCUGGUGCGUCGAACCUUCGAAAAAUUUGCAAUCGUAAUUGUAAUUGUGUCGAAGCAAUAACCUAGUAAAAAUAGUUUAUAUAAUUGGUAUACGCUUAUUCGCUUUCGUUCAUUCGUCCACAUUUGCUCUCUGUCUAUCUUGUUGGACACCAUAGGAAUCUUUACUCGUCUCCAACGUCGUUGAUCUUCACGACUUGGCGACCUUGCAUUUUUCUUGUACAAAGAAAUCAUGACCAUCUCCAGGUGGUAGUUGCUGUACUCUAGCACCUCCUACUCCGAAUUCUGCCCUUGUUUGGCCUCGAGAUAAGUGCGCAGUAAUACAAGGAGGUAACCGGACUCCACCUGCCGCCGGUUUGCGAACUGGUUAAAACUGGGAUCACCCCUCCGGCGGUCUUGGCAUACAAAAAAAAAUUAGGUCAGGGUGGAGCGCAUGAAUUCUGGACUUGUUUUGUCAACACGUCACAACUUGUUUUUGCUGGGAUAUUCACUCUUCUCGAUUUCCUCCUGAAGAAGCACAGCCAAAAAUGCCAGCCACUAGCAAAAGCAGAGGGAGCCGGGCAGCGGAGAAGGUGAGCCUCAGACGCCCGAUUCCAGCUUACGACGUCGAAGCAGUGAGAGCAACGCUGCCGGAUGAUCAAAAGUAUCUAUAUUAACGCGCAUUCGUUCACCUGAAGAACUUGUGAGCUAAUCAAUCUCCUUACAAGAACUACUUUUAGCGUGUCUCUCGUCACUACAUUCGGUACAUAAACAUGUUUCUGCAUUCGAUUUUAUAUAUAAGUCACAUAAGGAGCAACUCGUGUCACGUUCUGUUCUGUUCAUUCCUAGUCGUAACAGAAGCACUUUCUGUUCAUCUACGCAUUGAUUUUGAUUCCUAAUUUCCUAGUUCGUUGUAGCUGGCUAUAAUGGUGAUUGUGUUUUCUCUCGUUUACAACAGCUUUCUUUCUAACACAAAAGUUUUUGCUCUUCUAGUGACCUCAUCAACAUUGCUUGACCAUGUACUAGUUGACGAGGUAACAUGACAUGACCAGGUGGAUGGCGGACAUGACUCCAGAGGAGAGGGAGGAAGAACUGAGGCGGAUGAAACGAGCCCAGAAGAAAGCGGAUAAUGCUCAAGCUGAGAAACUGAAAAAGGAGGUGAAAGUUAAGGCCUUGAGCGGUGUAGUACCUUUGACACGUACUACGAGUUUUCAAGAGAUAAGUACCCUUCAAGAGUAGACACGUAGUUUUCCACGUGAGCGGUGUACCCUUUUACCUGUACUACUAGUUUUCAAGAGAUGUUGCCCUUCAAGAGUAGACACGUAGUUUUCAAGAGAUGCCCUUCAAGUAGACACGGAGUUUUCAAGAGAUGCCCUUCAAGUAGACACGUAGUUUUCAAGAGAUGCCCUUUAGGUAGACACGUAGUUUUCAAGAGAUGCCCUUUAAGUAGACACGUAGUUUUCAAGAGAUGUACCAAGGUCUAAGAAAGAAAGGCGAAUUUUGGCCGAGAAUUGGAAACGGGCGAAGAAGUAUGAGCGUCUGGUUUACGGUGUAGGCGAGGGCGAUUCGUCAAACGGUGGACCUGUCAACCUCGAGGGCGAUUCGUUUUCUUCAACAGGGCCGAUCGCGGGGGGCGGCGCUUAUCCUUAUGAAAGACUAAUCUGCGGACUUUCGUAGUUUUGCUGCUUCUUGUAGCAUGUUGUAGUACUUCUUCUCGCAUUUUUCGUUGGUGUAUGGUUUAGUAAUGAUCAGCGACACAAAGGAAGAUAGAUUUAAAAGACUACACAUCGUCUGACCUUGACCGUCUAAUAUUCGGCAGGCUACGAUAUGUACAGGUUGCCGGACGAGAAUGCGACGUAUGGGUCGACGAGUAGCAAGAAAAAGAAAAACGCGAAGUCAGAUGCUGAACAUCUUAAAGAAGCAUACGACUACUACGGCCAUCUGUUAGAGCCGAGCAGGAAUCAGCGGAGUGCAUUCCGCGUGAAGAAGGAGAUGGCGGCUUACGUUGAAAUAGGAGUGCCAGAGUCGGAAAAAGACAGGCCCUUGGCUCCGGCUUUGGUGAAAAGCAAUCGCUUCCUCAUCUACGACCUCGUAAACACGAGCUUCUUCUGUAAGCUGUGUAGAAAUGCGAAGAAGAAGUUCAAGAACUUCGAUAGGGAGCAUCUGGAAGACCCGGCGCAUCGGGAAGCUGUUGCGGCUAGGGAGAAGAGCAUGCGAGUCCUGGAUAGAAUCCUGAAUCCCGAGAGCGAAAACCCUGUGCGCUUUUCCUGCUUCGAGCCUGGCGGUCCAAAGAAGCCCUACUUGGUAGUGCGAAAGUACCAAGAGGAGAUGUACAAGUGGUGCCCCGUCUUGUGGAUGUCGUGUCUCUUUUAUGGCAGGCAACACUUUCUUUCCAUCUUCCUUAGACACCGUGCAAAGGAGCAUGAAUUGGUUAAAAGGGUACUGGAAGGCAUCGUGGUAUGAUUGCUGUUAAGUACUCACCAGCCUUCUGAUAUAGGUAUAUUCCUUCUUAUAUUAGGUUUUUUUGAAAGAAGAGCUAGUGCUAGAAAAUACUAAGUCUCCAAUUUCUAAUUUCAAUGCGGUCCCCAGCACGACGAGGAGCUGACGGAAGAGAUGAUCUGCAGCGAGCCCUUUCGAUGGGAGGAUCACCAGUGCACAAAACGCCACAAGAAAAACGUGAAUUGGCUGUACGAGCCAGAUGAGGAAGGUUUUUUAGCUGAUGACCCAGAGGCUAGGAAAGAGCGGAAAAAAGUCGAGGAUCAGCGUCAGGAUCUCAAGCGUGCAGACGUCGAAGGCUUGCUCUACUACGAUGCACGGCUGCCAGACAUGGAGGCGGCUAAUGAUGGCUACUCGUCGGACAACUGGGACAUCUAAGAAAAGUUUGACAUCUAAGUAGUUAGGAAAUCGUUAUUGUACAUUGGUCGAAAGUAUACAAGUAUAUUAAGCUAAAAGGACCUGCGUCUUGUAUCUUUGGUACUAGCUCAGCAUCAAUUACUAUUAGAAGUCGAGGAGUAUCUUCAUUUCCGUAUUCUCGAAAAAGUACAUCGCUUUACCUAAAACUUCAACUGAUUACUUCCACGGAGGAUAAAGAUGGCAGUUCAUAUAUCCUGAUCAUUCAAGACGCCCGUGCGACCACUGUACCAGUACCAGCACAUGUUACCUCAUCUAUCACAGUAAGAGUUUACCUCUAAAAAAAUUCCAUUGCCCGUAAUGAUAGAGCUUCACUUUUGCAAUAACAUACGAUCCCGACCUAGUUCCAAAGCCCAUGGUGACCCGGACAUAAAUAUUCAAAAGCCCAUACAUUUCAGAUCAGAAGAUCUAUGAAAAGUCUGCAGAUCCC